GAAUUGGCGAAAUAGUAAAACGUCGAUUUUAGUAAGACUUUGAAUAUAUUAGUUGCAAUUAAAUCAGUCUUUCAUAGCUGAGCGGCUGAAGCAAGCAAGGUGAUACUAAAAUAUACUGGCGCUGUUUUCUUUACCGUUGUUUGGAUAAAUGUGAAACAAAAAUUAAAUAUGUAAUAAAUACAAAAAAUACCGAGUAUUUUUUUAACAACUAAGUGAAAGUUGAUUAAACGAUUUAACAUCUGUCAAAGAGUUCACCACAAGUGCUCUAUAUGUAGUAAAAAACACGAAUUGUUUGAUCUAAAUGAAUUAUUGCUAUUGUGAGUUCAUUGAUAGUUUAAGUUAAACAUGCAGACAAAUAUAUUGUCUGUGCAAUGACCUAAGAUCGAAAAAAAAUCAAGAAUUGGGAGAAGUUUCGCUUUAAAAAACAAAUUGAUUUUAUCCAAAACUUUGGUCGGUAUUGGACAGCUAAAUUUCGAAUUUUGAUCAGGUCAAAAACUGAUUAGACAACAACAGCGGUAGCGAUAAAUGACAGCACAGACAAGACGAUUGGUGUUUAAAAUAUAAAAGCAACAAAAUCUACAAAAAGAAAAUGUCAAAUGAAUAUAUUUUUGCUUAUUAAUAAUUACAUGAAUAGUUGUUGCUUUAUUGGAUACCGUAGUGGGCGAAUAAUACGAAAACGGAGAAGAUGAAACAGCUGUCUUAGUAGUGUUGUAAAUGAAAAGAAAAAAAGCACGUGACAAAUAUAAAAUAGAUCGGGCAUAUUUUAAUAACGCGAUGCGUUCCUUUUGCUUACGCAUAUAAUGUAAUGAUUGUUAACAUUAAAAUAAUUGUUAUUAUUUAAUAAAAAUUGUGACUACUACCAGCUGUUAAAAUUCUUAAAUUAUUUGAAAAAAUUCUAUUAUACAUGAAACGGUAACCCUCCUAAAUGUUUAUAACGAAUGUAAUAAAUAGACACUUCGGUGUUUUGUUUUCAUUCUCAAAGUAAAUGCAAAAUUUGCAUUUGUAUGCAUGUAUUAAAAGAAAACAAAUAACAGUAUUUUUGCGCGAUUUAAUUGUAUUGUUAACUUAUGUAUAUUGCUCAUUGAAAGUAUACAUUGUCGAGAUGGGAUAAAUAAACCGAACAACAAAAGUGCAAUAUGUAAGUACUCUGGUGUAAUAGCCGGUAAUAUAAAUCGCUACUUAGCCUAUUAGCAAACCAGUUGCGCUUUGCUUUUAGCAUCUCAUUCUUGCUGAAUUCUUUAAGUUACUGCGGGCUGAGGUACAUAUAAUUCUUGCAGUCAUGGCACUUAGUCCCCGUGAGUCUGGCGAAUACAUCGCAAAAAUGGCGAAAUACUUGACAGUGAUUCCAGCAGGCAUUGAAAAAUUGGCAAAGGAGGUUAUUUCCCGCCUGCAGUCUGGAGAACUUGAUCCAAAGAAUUUUUCGCAAAAUGAUGUACACCCGAGGGCCACUGUUGCUCAUGCCAUUGAAUGGAUAUUUGUGGUGGAUACACUAAAUUUCUGCUUCUGGACGCCAACUGAUUACACGAAAUACAAGGUGAACGGUUACACUGGCUACUUUGCUUUAUGUGCUGCCGUAAAUCGUGCCAUGGAGGAGGGCAUAGACAUCACCAACGCCGCGUACUAUUCCACAAUUGAUGCUGAUACAUUGCGUAAAAUCUUUCGUUCAGAUGAUGGUCAGACCUCCGUGCCACUGAUUGAACAACGUAUCGCUUGUCUGCAUGAGGUCGGCAAAAGACUUUUGGAGAAGUGGCAAGGCAAAUUCGAGAAUGUGUUGCGAGCCGCCAAUAAUUCUGCCGCGCGUUUACUGGAGCUAGUGGUCAGUGAAUUUCCUUGUUUCCGCGAUGAAGCUGAUUACGAAGGAAAGCGCGUUUCAUUGUACAAGCGUGCACAAAUUCUUAUCGGAGAUAUUUGGUCCUGUUUCGAGGGUAAAGGCUUGGGUAAAUUCAAUGACCUUGAAAAAAUUACUAUGUUUGCCGACUAUCGUGUGCCACAAGUGUUGAUACAUUUCGGCAGCUUGGAAUACAAGCCGGAGUUACUCGAAGUAUUGAGCAAAGAUAUGAUUUUGGAGAAUGGCGAUCCACGAGAAGUUGAGAUUCGUGGUGUCUCUAUAUAUAUUGUGGAGCAGGCGAAGGACAUAAUUUUAAACAAACUCAAUAAUAACGAAAUUGAGCUCAAUAAGGAACACGUUAACUCAAUUUUAAUUGAUCACUUCCUAUGGGAUUACCGACGCAAGCAUGCAGAAGAGUUAGAGCACAUACCAUUCCACAAAGUAUUAAGUGUUUACUAUUAAAUGUUGCCUUACAAUAAAUGUUACAACUAAUAUUUUGUA